AUGGAGUGGUCGUAUGAAGAGGGCGAGAUUCUACCUAAUGAUGUCGAUGAAUACUAUUUCGUUGAUCAAACCGAUACGCCUAUCAGGUUUUCUCUUCUGCCGUUGAAAUGGGACAACGAAGAUUCAGGCAGUAGCUCGGGAAUGCAAGUAUUUCUGCGUGGCAACAACGAGUCGCUUUGUAAGCUUGCCAAAGCGUGGAGGUUUGAUCUAUCUGAUGAACAGCUAAAGAUUGACGUUCUUCUACAAGGGAUGCACUGGAUAACUCUACAAAAACCAAGAAAGAGUUAUGAAGCUUUGAUUAGAACAACUCUAGGUACCCUUCAAUGUCUUCACUUUGUCAAAAGGAAUUCAGAAGCAUCAAGCAAUGAUGUGUGGAACAGUUUACACGAAGUGGAUGGGAUCCAACCUUCAGAGCAUGAUUUAUCAGAUCAUGUUUCUUUACUGUGUGAAGCUAUGAAAAGGGAUGAUGAUUUAACAAAAUCAAAGUGGUUGCGUACUUUUCUGGAGAAAACGUCACAAGCAUCACCUAUCGAAGCGGAACCUCCAAUGCACGACCAACAAGAUGCUCAGAUACAAAAGGAACAGAAUUUCAUUGUUGAAAAUUGCACAGACGCGGAAAGCAGCAGCGAUGAUGAUUCUGAGACAAACCUGCAGUUUGAUCCAGUCUGUUCUAUUUGUGACAAUGGUGGUUAUGUUCUGUGUUGUGAAGGAAGCUGCUUGAGAUCUUUCCAUCCAACCAUAGAGGCUGGAAGUGAUACAGAUUGCGAAUCGCUAGGAUUCACUGAUGACAAACAAGUUCAGGCACUCGGGACCUAUUUGUGCAACAACUGUCUCUACCAACAGCACCAGUGCCAUGCUUGUGGCCAAUUGGGAUCCUCUGAUGAAAACUCCUCUCAAGAGGUCUUCCCUUGUUCUGCGUCAAACUGCGGUCAUUUCUAUCAUCCAAGAUGUGUUGCAAAACUUCUCUCUGCUGGUGAUCAAAUCAAAUCAGAAGAACUUCAAGUGAAGAUUGCUGCUAGAGAGUCUUUUUGCUGUCCUCUACACAUAUGUAAAGUCUGCAGCUUAAGUGAAAACAAGAAUCUUUAUGCGAUGCAUUUUGCUGUAUGCAGACGCUGCCCAACGGCUUAUCACAGAAAAUGUUUACCUCGGGACCAUGAGAUAGAAGGUGAUCUUCUUACUCCACCUAGAGACCACUUAAUAUUUCCUGACAUAUCUGGUCCACGAAGAACACAAAGUCACGGGCUUGUACAGUUGAAAGAGGAUGUUUCGAGUAGGGUGACAGAGCAUAGGCAUCAUGAGGGUCUAUUUGCUCGUCUUGGUUUUGACGCAUCGAAGAAACCCAAAAAAAGUUUUGGUCUCAGUGAUUAUACUCAGAAACGGAAGAUGGAAAGCACAGUAACAAAGCUGUCGAAAGAAGAUGGUCCCUCUGCCUCUGCCGAGGAUGACGAAGCAGACGAGGAUCUUGAACAGCGGAUGAUGUCUCUAAUCGACCAAGUGAACUCUAUGUUUAACAUGGAUGAGUACAUCAACUCUCUUGGGGUAAACCAAGUCAAAUCCUACCACUCCGGAUAUGACAUUGGCAAGAACAUCACAACAGGAUUGGUUCAGACUCAUGUCAACGCCGCUCGAUCUGCCCUAAAGAUGUUUGAAGAAGGGCGGGAUAGAGAGGCAAGAGCUGUUUUUGAUCCAUAUAUUCUACCCCAACUCAUGAAACAUAAGAGGCAGCUCGAAAUUUAUCUUUCGCCGUUUCUCCAUGGUAAUCGGUACACAUCGUUCGGUCGCCACUUCACACAGCCUACAAAGCUUGAAGAGAUAGUUGAGAGGCUCCACUCGUAUGUGCAAAAUGGCGAUAUGGUAGUUGACUUUUGCUGCGGUUCAAACGACUUUAGUUGUAUAAUGAGAGAAAAACUUGAGAAAACUGGAAAACAGUGUUUUUUCAAGAACUUCGAUCUCAUUCCAGCAAAGAAUAGCUUCAACUUUGAGAAGAGAGAUUGGAUGACUGUGAAGAAAGACGAAUUACCCGAUGGCUCUAAGCUGAUAAUGGGAUUGAACCCGCCUUUCGGUUUCAAAGCCACUCUUGCUAACAAUUUCAUCAAGAAGGCCCUCGAGUUUAAACCGAAGAUUCUAAUCCUCAUCGUGCCAAAUGAAACAAAAAGGGUUGAUGUGAUAGCUAAUUAUGAGUUGAUUUGGGAGGACACCAAUUUACUUUCUGGAAAGUCAUUCUACUUACCCGGGUCGAUCGAUGUAAACGAUAAAACGAUAGAGCAGUGGAACAACAUACCACCGCCUCUGUACCUUUGGAGCCGAGGAGACUGGAGUAAAAGCCACAAGGCUAUAGCACUUCAACAGGGUCACAUAAAACACAUGCAUCACACCACUUUCAAUGAGGAUUAUCACCACAACGCAGAGAUCCCUCAAGGUGAUGAUGGUAAUGGUAUGGUACAAGACAUGGAGAUUGAUGAUAUCGAUAGCGUUUGA